AUGUGCGAAACAUUAGGCAAAGCCAAUCGUAUGGGAGUCCACAUUCAAGAGGGAUAUCAUCUGGAAGUCCAUCUUUGUCGUAACAGUUUAGGAGGACAAAGUUCAGGAGGAUUAUGGGCUCCCAGUUUUCAACAAUGGGGCACACCACCAAAUGCUCAACAAUGGGGAUCACCCCAACCAGCUCCACAAUGGGGCACACCACCGAAUGCUCCACAAUGGGGCACACCACCAAAUGCUCACAGUAGGGAACACCACCAAAUGCUCAACCAAUGGGGGCUUCUCCAAACUUUCAGCCUUCUGCUUCACCAUCAAACUUUCAUCAAGCCUCCUGACUCAAAAUUUUCAAUAAGGCAACUCAUCAGGGACAACUCCAACAACUGUUCAAUAUGGAUUUUCUGUUCAAUAUGGAUUUUUACUUGGGGGUGA